CCUGGAAAUGAAAAGGACCUAACGUUUGAUUAUUCAAUGAAUUUGUUUAUCAAUAAAAUUUUGUGUUAUCUUUUUUAUUUUAUUUUUAUUUCUUUUUCCUUUUUUUUCUUAUUUACGUUGUGCUAUUGUUUAACUGUAAUGUUACCAAUGUGGCAUAAUUACAAUUUAAUUUGGCUAAAUGAAAGAAUGAGUCGAAUAACUCGUCUACUAAAUUAUAUAUGUUAUAAUAACAUAUAGUACAUAUAUUUUAUGUUAUUAUAAAUAUAUGAAUAAUUAAAUUAUAAACUCUAAUCAAAGACUGACCAUAAGAACUGUUCAUUAUCGCUUUUAAUUGAUUCGUCGAUACUUCAUCUUUUACCUAUUGCUUACAAAAUAAAGAAAAUGAAUGAGACCAAGCUAAUGAUAUCGAUCCUUUUUUCUCGCAGGAUUUUAACGAGAAAUAUCCUUUUUUUUACGAUCACACUCUAUGAUUAAAUCUCUAUUUAUAAUAUAAAUAGUUUCUUUUAUUAUAAUCACAUUUAAAUAUAACUAUAUGUAUAGUUCAGCGAUUGUCAUUGGAAACAUGGAUUUAAAUUGAUUUGAAAGCAGGCAUUAAUGACAAACGAUCAUUUCUCAACGUUUUCGCAAAUUGUUAAGUUCGCUUAAAAAAAGAUUAUUCUUUAUUUUCUUUUCUUACUUUACCUGUUUUAAGGCACAUUCCUUCAAAAAAAGGAAGUUGUUUUUCAACUACGUAAAUUACUUUUCGUAUUUGGGCUCAUUGUUUUCUUUGUUGCAUUUCGUGUUUACGGAAACUUUCACUUCUAAGAGUUCGAGAUAUAUUUGGAUAUAUUUCAUUUUAAAUAGAGAAAAUAUAUAAUACAAAGAAUUUAUAAAAAGAACAGUCGUGCGAAGUUGAGAAAAUAAUAGCUUUCGAUGUGUGAUUGCACAAGAUUAAUAUAGAAGUGGAAGGGGCGAGUUACGUUUCAACUCAAAAAAGUAAAAGACAAAUUCAUGUAUUAUAAAUAAAAAUUUAAUGAAACAAAGCGAUAAUGGACCGAUCGCAGAGUGAUUCUAAAGAAGCAAUGGAAAUAAUUUUCGAAAGAAGUAUUAAGAAGAAUAAUAUCGUAGUAACGGCGGUUUUUAUUAUUUUUUAAUUCCAUUUCCUAUUUUAUCAUGCAAACAUUUCACGGAUUGAAACACGGGAAUUGUUUGCGCAGAAAUGAGAGAAUAUGAGAAGACGCGUUAAGUGAGGGUUCGUAAACGAUACGAGUUUCGAGUUCGGAGUUGGUGGUCGCCGCCGUCGUCCUCGUAUCGAUCGAUCCAUGCCUCCGAUGAGCGUAGUCAAGUACACACUCCCGCACCUGGUGUGCCGCCUGGUUAGUAACGCGCUUCUCCCAACAAACAUGCAGUAUAGCGUAGUAUAUUCAUAUUACGAGUUUUAGUUUAAGUUUACACAUAUAUGUGAAUAUCACAAUAAAGAUUACAACGAGGACAGAAUUAUUUUCUUUCAAGGCCGCGAUGUUAUCGCGGUGAGCGAUCGAUCGACUCUCGCACAACUGGAGCACACGCGAUGUUCUCUCGCGAGCGACCUUCUUUCUCUUAACGAGGCCUCAAAGAGAGAGAGAGAGAGAGAGAGAGAGAGACUUCGCAGAGCUGCAGAGAUGGCCAAGUCCAUCGAGACCGCAAGGAGAAGAUUGAGGAGAUCGCGUAACGUCUCCUCCUUCUUUGAGGAAUCAACGGAGAACGAAGCGAAGACAACGAUGAACGUCGUCGUGGACGUUCACAACUGCAGGAGUGAAAGAUCGUCGGGCCGACGCCGGCAGCCACGAGACAACGAGAACGAUCUCGCGGACAACAAGCGAUCCUCGCAAAGCUCCAAGGCUUCUUCGCGAAGCUUCGUGAGCGAAACAUCUCGAAACGCCGAUCGCAGCAAGCGUGACGACACUGCUGACGACUCAAUGCCCUCGAUGGCGGCGGUGGAGUCGCUGGAGAAACCGCGACGCAGGAAGCAAUGGAGCACGGUAGCGAGCGCGACGAAUGAGACGGAAGUAGAUUCAAGGAGGCCAGCCCGGAAGAGGUGGUCCAAGGACGCCGGGGUGAUCCGAUUGCCCGAGACGACAACCAGCGACGACGCGUCCCCGUUGAUCGAAAACUCAUUACGCAAGACACCGGUACCGGCGCCGCGGACCAGCCUCCUCUACGACAAUCCAGCAUUCGUGUCCGAUAACGAGGACGAGGUGCUCCGGAUCGAGACCGAUCAUAAUCGGGACAGAACCAAGAUCGAAAUGCGGAGGAUGAGCGACCGCUCCUCGAACAUUGUGCAGGAGGCUGCGCUCACCGGCUCCUCGUCGAGAAAGGCUCAGCGGCGGGACAGCGACGAUUGUUCUUCGAAGGCGAGACCUUUGGCAGAUCCUCGAAGGAGUCGGAGGAACAGCAGCAGCAGCAGCAGCAGCCAUCACCGCCACCGCGUCGUCGUCGGACGGCAAGCCGAUUCGUCUGCAGGAGCGGCGAGUCUGGAGAGAAUCAUCACCGAUCGCGCUCGACCGAGCUCACCGAGCUCGCGAGCCUCCGAGGAGCGAGUCUCGAGCAGCCACCGCAGGUCUAAACCUAUUGGAGGAGAGCGGUCCCCGAGGAGGAGAGACCGGUCGUUGUUCGGGAAGAUAGACCCUUCCGGCGACGACCCUUCCCUCGUCAGCGUCGAUUCAUCUGCCGCGAGGGAUGCCGCGAAUUCGCAGAAUUCGGCAGAGGCCGACGACGCGAGGGUCAGAAAAAAGAGAAAGAAGAAGAAACGGAAGCAAGAAAAGGAAGCGAGGAGGCAGAAGGAGGAAGAGGAGGAGGAGGAGGAGGAGGAGAAGAAGGAGGAGGAGAUCAAGUUUAUCUCUGUGACGAUUCAUCGGGCGGACGUGCUGGAGGUCGAUUACUUGAACGUGAGACGACCGAUGGUCCGGGUGCAUAUCGUCGAAGCUCGCACGGGCUCGUACCUGAAGAAGACCAUCACGGAGAACGGUAGCGUGUAUCUUCAACCGAUGAUCACCGGCAAGUUCGACUUCAAGAAGAACAGAUCGAUGAUUCCGGUCUGGGAAGAAGAGCUCAUCUUUGAGCACAAUUUCGACGCGAUCAUGAGAUACGAGGAGGGCGAACAAGUGGUGAUUCUCUUCGAAGUGAUAGAGCUCCUGAGCUUUGCCGACGCGAGCCACAAUUACGACAAAAUUGGUAGCGAGGGAUGUUGGAAAAAAAUUGCCUGGGCGUUUCUCAAACCUGUAGGAAUAAAUAACAUUUUUCAUACUGACAAAAAAGUGCGAUUGCAACUUUAUAAACCCAGGCAAAGCUUUAGAAAGUAUGGGAAACAAAAAUGCGAGGUUUAUACUUGGUGGCAAUCGAACAACAGGGACAGGUAUCCCAGUAGUCUUCUGGUAACAGUGACGUCAGUUUCAUCACCGAAAUUCGAGCCUGUGCUUCAUCAAAAAUUGCCAAUAAACGAUUUUUUUAAUGACGCACAAAACUCGCAAGGUAUUUCGAAAUGUACGUCGGAAUCGAUAGGUCUCCCUAAAUGGGCGCGACUGGCCGCUCAAUCGUGUAAAAUCCCAAACGAGAAGAUGUUCGAAACGGAAGUGAGCGAGAAAGGCUGCUUCUACGUCGCCUUCAGCAACGACGGCAAGUAUCUGGCCUGCGUCCAUUCCGAGGAGUACUAUUACCCGAUUAUCGUUUAUGAGGUCGAAAUCGGCAAGACUCAUGUUCGAUUUCUUGGUCACAAGACUUUCGUGUACUCUCUAAACUGGUCCAGCGACGACCAUUACCUGUUGUCGACGUCCGCGGAUCAAACGGCACGUGUCUGGGAUAUUCACAAUCAAAUCGUGCAGCACAUCGAGAUGCUGCCGCAUCCUUCGUAUGUUUAUUGUGCCAAGUACGGGCCCAACAAUGCGACGAUUGUGGCGACAGGAUGUUACGAUCGAAUAGUUCGCAUCUGGGCGAUCGACAAGAGAUCAGGGAAGCGAGAACUGAGCCAGGAAUUGGAAGGCCACGAAGGUUUCGUCAAUUCUAUGGUCUUUCAAAAAAACGGUAACUUGAUUACCGCCGACAGCAUGGGAUUGAUAAUCCUUUGGACAAUCCGCAAAGAUAAUAAAACACCACCAAAGAUAAUAGGAAGUAUCUUGAAAAAGAUAAAAGUCCGCGAAAUUCAGGGUGUCAUUAUCAACACGAUCGUCUUACAUCCCCUCGAGUCCAGACUCCUCGUGCAUUCGAGAGACAACGGUCUACGAAUGCUGGAUCUCGCAACCGGCGUGGUCUUGCAGAAAUACAAACGGCUGGAUAAUCAAAGAAUACAGUUAAAAGCCUGUAUAUCUCCCUGCGGUGGAUUUGUUAUAUGCGGUAGCGAGGAAUCCGUAUUAAAUAUCUGGAAUUUGGAGACAGGUAAACAAGUAGCCAAAUAUACGAUUGAUGAACAUAGUUCGGUUAGAAUGAUUAUUACCUGCGUGGAUUAUCAUCCCUACGAUCAUGUUUUGGUAUAUUCGAUAUUCGGCAGUUCUACGUCAGUUCGUGUCUUGAGGUACAAUAAAAACGCGAACGGCAGCGACGUUGGCCUGCAUCUUAUGGAAGAUACGUCGCAAAUUCGAGGUAACGAAGUAAUCUUGAAUCCCACGAGUUGUCCUCCAUCUCGACAGAAUAAACCUAGUUGCACAGCAGAAAAGAAAGAAGUACCUCUUCUGUCUUAUCAUCCCACAGUCAAUCAUACGAUAAUACAAAUUGAAAAUAAUGAUUACGAGCGACCAUGGACGAUGCCGCAUCAUUCGAGAGAAAUGGAGCGAAACUGGAGAAAGAAGAGCUGGGAUCGAUUGCACUGCAUUAUCGAGAAGAUAGAUUCGAUAUUGUUCGGAAAUUCAAUGUUUUUCGAUGAUGUUGCUGAAACCAAACAGAGUUCUAGCGCGAAUGAGUACUGUGCAUCCUGGACCAAUGCAUCCAACAACGUCGCACUUCAACGAAACGAUAUUCUCUUAGAAAACCGUACCGCAAACUACAAAAGAUCCCAAGGUUUCCUCGAAAAUGCUCCCUUAAAAAAGUCAAACUCCCGCGAGUCGUCACACGUAAGCUCUCCAGACAGCGCCGGUACUUAUAUCGUGGAAACAUCAAACUUGAGUAAAAACAUUAAGGUUGCUAAAGAGAUAGAUUCCGUUCAAGUGGUUGAAAGCGAUAGUUCCCGGAGCAAUGUUACAUUCCUCAUAGAGAAUGAGCGGUAAUGUAUUAUUUUUGUACUGGUCCCCUUUAGAAUGCAAUUUUCUUUUCUUACAUUUAGUUCCCCAUUAACAUGACGAUGAUUUAUCUUCAAUCAACGCAUCAUACAAAAUUUUACACGAUAUUUUAUAUUUUAAUUACAUAUGUAAAAAGGAAUAAAAUAUACAUGGAAAAAA